UACUACAUCGGAAGGUUGCUACAUUGAACGAGUGUCCUUUUCAUGGAAACCAUGACAGGAUGAUUUUCUGCGUACAAUGGUUGAUUCUCCACGAAAAUUAUUUGGCGUUGUUGUUGCGUGAUCCAGGUAUUAUAGACUUCAUUCGCCUUUGUGGCUUUCAACUAUAAUUUACAUAUGUCGAACUCGAUUUCUUUGAAAACUUUGUGCGCGUGAGACAUCCCGUGUUAAGGUUUUAUAUGAUUAACACCGCGAGUUUAGUCUAGUUCGAGUCAAAUCCUCCUUUCUAGAAUUACGUAACAGCAAAAGGCAUAGUUAGUUUUGUGUUCUCGAGAAUACUCCCGCAAAACCAUUUUGGUAAAGCUUUCGUUUUGUUCUCAAGCGAUAACAAAGGGAUAAAAAGGACAAUAGUAGUUAAACCUGUUGGACAACUUUAAUAUUUGUCAGUUGUUGGCGACGCAGGAAAUUUGAACGGCGUUAGCACUUCGCACUUUAUGACCAGGUGCCUUGCAUACCGAUACUGAAAUAGAUGGAACUUAGCCUUGAAAUUUUCGAACUAACCAAACGAAAUUUAAGAUUUAAACGUGCAAUUUGGACAACAAAGAAUGAAUUGAUACGCCUUACCGCCCAUAAGUUCUUCCAUAAACUAUUGUUGUGAAGUGUAAGACUUAUUACGCGUUGAAAAUUUAUUCAGACAAUCAUAUUUUAGUUUUUUAACAAUCAAGCAAGCAUCUAUUUCGACGGAGUGAAAUCCUAUGUAAUUGACUCCGCGUUUCCAAAAGGUCCAAACGACCCACUAUUUCAUCAAAAAUGAACCCAAAAUUUUGCUAUGUCGAUCACUUGCUCCUUUUGCCGAAUAUUCCAAGUAAAAAUCAUUUACUCGUCUUCAUAUAAAAAGACAUUUGCAGUGAUAGUUAUAUAACUUUUCAAUGCAGCGCCUUGAUCACUGCCUUUUGAAAAUGAAAGCAGCUAGUUCGAGAAAGAAGGUCACGAGAGAUCUUUAUUUUAAGCUCGUUUUCAAAAAAACGAGUUACAUGCUCUCGUUUCAAUUACUUGUUUAUUAACUCACCGACAUUAUCAUCUUGACCGCGAUUUUUUUACUGUUCAUGUGCAUAUUGUGUCUCUUUGUGGAAAUCAAAAAGGGUGAAAGGACAAGUGAGAUGAGGCGCUUUACAAAGCGUGUUGAAACUCGUGAGGGCUCGUGAUAAUCGCAUGUUUUUUUUCACUUAGGUCUUAACUUGCUUUGGAACAAAGUAUAUUCUUCAGUCCUCUGAAAGCUUAAAGCCAUUUUGAUAACUAUUCUAACAACGGGUUUGGUAAGUUAUCUUUUAAAGCGUAGAAUUAUUUAUUAACUUAUGACAAAAUGCUCGGCCGUCGUUAAAUUGACUUUCAUACUCAGCAGUGAGAAAUUUUCAACGCAUCCCCUUGAAAGGUCCUUCUAAACUUUUAGAGAGUGUCAGAUGUUUGUUUAUUACUGUCAAGCGAAUCAAAAGUUGUGUUAUUCAAUAGAACAUGAAAUAUUUGAACUUGGGUUUAUCCUAAAAUCAUUUUGUUCUAGACAGAAACAAAUUCUGGCUUAUCCCAGUAGUAAAAAUUAUUCACCGAAUUCCCACAGAAAAUUUUAUGCAAGCUUUGUAUGAGCAUUCGAUGUUUGUAUACAAUUGUAAUCUAAUAAUCUGAGAAUUGUUUCGCUGUCUUAGAAGACCAAUUUUACGAUCUUGUGCAGAGCAUUAAAUCGCCAGUUUAUUGGCAAAUGGAAAAAAUCUUUAAUUAGACUGUUGGGGUCGGUCUCAAAUAAAUUAGGUUCUCGGCAGCAGCAGGACGCCCGUGGCUCGAAAACGAAUGAGCUAAUGACAAACAUAGUCCCUUUUCGCUCUGAAAGCACAAAUGCACUUAAGUACAACGGGAAAACAAUGUCAAAAGCUUUUCGUUAUGAAAAUUUGUCGGUUAUCUCGUCAACGUAAGACCAUGGUUAGUAGUCGAACACAUAUGUUUUCCGAGUUUCAAGAACCUAGUGAUUAGAACAACGGCUAGAAAAAUUUCGUGCACUAGUGGAAAAUGGAUAUUCUGAGGCUACCAGGCGUGUAGCUCAAGCGCUCGUUCAAUUGCGUAUUACAACACAGACGGCUCAGCCUUCUUAUUUUCUAAUACGUGCAAAUGUUUAACCUUUGUAUUCGUAACUUCAUGUUGAAACGAUUUAUUGGUAAGCUUCGCUAGAAUUUAUGUCAAGGGCGACUCAGGAAAAUAUUCACCUCUUUUUUUAUUAGGAAUAUUGCAUCAAUCCUUAGGAUAUUGAAAUAGAUAAAAACGAAGAUUUGCAUUUUAGAGUGAUUUCGCAUCACAAAAUUACACUUUUGGAAAAAAUCUGAUAUCUAGGGCUACUUUUCUCGUGUGGUUUAAAUUGUGUUUUCUUUCGAAAGCAAAGAACGCCAGAUCGUCAGGUGAUUCCUGCGCAGGAUGCGCUCAACAACGGUUACGAAGAUCGCGGCAUCUUGGCAAACCACGAGUGUGAUAUCGAACGCGUGCUUAGUGAGAUCAUGUCACGCACUUCAUUUUCCUUGAUCAUGUUGCGUGCAUGAUCGAAGUCGCCCGCCUGGAGGAUAUCACUUACUCAAUCAGGCAUCACAUGUCUUUGGUACAUAUAUAUUUCUCAAUCCAAAAAUUAAGGCUUUUUGACAAAUGAGCAACACAUCUAUUUAAAUCCCAAAGACUUUGAUCCCCUUUCCGUUCAAACAUUCCGCUCAAACAAAGGUUCUGGCCGGUGUGACAUUUGUUCUGCAGUCUGUCGAUGAAAGCCACCAGCUACGAAAUGCUUUUCGCUGAUGAAUAGUGGAUCUUUAUUGACAAUUUCCGGUGGGUAGCUUCAUCCAGGCCGUUGAUAAUUAUAACCGAGAAACGCCAGACAACAUUGCGUUGAAACAUUUAGUUGCUGAAAUUCCCGUUUAUCACUUUCUAUUGACGUUUAUUAAUCGUUGCUCUUCUUGAUUACAGUUUUUUCAGUUGAACGCUGACUUCAGAUCUUUUGCAAGGAUAGCACGUGACCGAGUGGGUGACGGUAGAAAUAAAAAUGUAUUCCCUGAAAGACAUCACGAAUGGCUGCGUGAAGAUAGAAAUCCCUGAAAAUCCGCACUGCAAAGAAAUAAUCUCCGCUUGCGAGAUGCCAGUCGUGAAAGUGGAAAUUUCUGAGUCAGCGUGCAGCACGGUCAACCACCAAACGAUUUCACUUCCACAGGAGUCAAUCUAUGAAGUGCCUGCUAUUGAAGAAGUAAACACUGGCAGUCGAGAGGAUGUGCUGAACAUUCAGAUCAGCAACGUUCAGGGCGCGCUAUCUAAUCAAAUCGCUGACAAGAAUGUGAUGCCUGUGUAUCAGAUAGAAAACCACGACGAUAAACCAAACGAAUGCAAAGAAUUGCAUUCUCCAGCAGUUGAUAAUAGCAACCCAGAAGAGCAAAUACCAGCUGAAGGUGUACACAAUCACAAUGAUAAACUGCCCAACUCAGUAGCUUCUCGAGAGGAGACGUCCCCCAAUAUGUCUCCCAAGAUGUCUCCGAUGGAAAAUGAAGAACAAUCUCCUGGCCACAACUCGCCUGUUUUCAACGGGGAAGCAUCACCUGAGACGGCUCAUCAGGAGAAAGAAAUUGCCUUCCGGUUAGGUUCUCCAGAGAGGGCGCCAUCUUACCGAUUGGCCCAUCAGCCAGAUACCUUACCAGUGAAAAGCCAGUACAUGGCUUACCAGUUGAGUUCCAAUGGAACCAAAGCAGCUUACCUGUUUACUGCCCCGGGGAAGAUACCUCCCUAUCAGAAUGGUACCUCUGAGAGUGCCCCAUCCAACCAUGCUUUGGGACCCACAUCUACUCCUCUGAGUUCCAAUGCUACGGUGCCACUUUACCACAUGGAGGAAACGCCCACCUCACAAAAUGGGGACUGGAAGAAAAGUGAAAAUUAUCAGAUCAGCUACUACAAUGGAAUGCCAAUGUACUAUGGUGACUACAGCCUGCUCGAUCUGCAACAAGGAAUUCCAUUCUGGCCAUCAGAGUCCCGCGAUUUGGUGUCAAACAACCAGAAGAAGACCCAGAAUUGCAACUGUUGCUGCCAUGCACAAAAUGAUUUUACUCGUUAUCCUGAAUUGAAAAGCCAGCGCCCGUCAGUUAUUAUGGUUCCUGUGAACUGGAACAGAAGUAAUUCUGAAAUAUCUCAUUUGCCAUUGAAGGUAACUCAGACUACUUAACUCUUUCUGAUCAUUGGUUCAAUUGCUAUAUUUGCGUGGCAACAUAUUUUUUAUUCACUUAUAUACAGGCACACACACACACACAUAUAUAUAUAUACAGGCACACAUAGAUGUGACUUUACUCAUUGUAAUGUGACUGCUAAAAAACCCCUUGGAAAUUGGCUAAAGAUAUGGCCAGUGCUUCGUUCAAUAUCAGUCUUAAAGGAAUUCAUUCAUGUUUAAACAGCUAUCCUUGCUGUGAUGUCUAAAACAUCUAUGCUUACUUGUAACCGUCAGUUUAGGCUUAUGCCAAGUUUCAGAACAAAGUUACACUCUGCUAUAGCUUUUUACGAAAAACUUUCUUUUUUUUCUACCAGCAGGUUGACAACGCAAAUUACAAGAUGCAUUCACAGACUCGGGACGUUCCUAUGGUAAGUGUUGACUACUUCUGCUGAUCGAGGGAUUUAAAUUGCUAACUGGACAUAAGUAUUGAACCUCGCUUUAGAAUGGAUUCAUCUUUUAACUUUGAUUUUCCGUUGUCCAUAUUGAGCUCUGUUCUCAUUUUCUGUGGCAACAAAUUGUCACUUUCGCAACACUUGGUUGCGAAAUGAUGCCUUAUGGAAUGAUCAACGCCUCUUUACACUACUUUUUUCUUGUUUUGUAAAAACUAUGAAAGCAAAUAAAGAAUCCAAACAAAAAGGGAGAACCUCAGAGGUUUGAAUUAUACUAAGAUGUAUUUUUUCGUGGCACAAUUGAGGAACAUAAUUUCGGCUCGUAUAAGACUGAAAUCAGUACUGUUUUAUUAGUUCUAGUGUUCUUAACUUUUUAACGUUAACACGGUUUACCAACUGCUGAAUUAAUUUGUUGCGUCCACGAAAAGCUUGAAGUUCUCGAGUUUGUUCCAUCUCUCUGAUGGAACUUGAAAUAGGUAAAAAAGAGAGAACAACCGUUCAUUUCUCAUGUACUUGAUGAAGUUUAUCAUAGAAUUUAAAAGUAUUAUUUUAAUUUUUUUCGUUUUUCUACAAGUAAGAAUGUUUUUUAAAAAAUUGCGAGAAAAUUAAACUUUGUAUGGAAAUGUUAUUAAUCAUAUUAUAUAUAAUAUCCGUAUCUUCAAUAUUGUUGACAUGUUGUUUUUCUUUGUGCACGACAUGAAUCACAUGAUAUCCUCGGUACUAAAUAGCGUGCCUGUGGCCAGAACUUUUCUGAUAUUUUUUCAAUUUGCCUCGGUCCAAACAUGUGGCUUCGUAGCAUAGUUGGUACUAGUGCGCAACGCAUUUAGUAUCUGGGAGGCACGGGUUCGAAUCCCGGUUAAGCUUGAUUUCUUUCAUUCUUUUUUUACUGCAAUUGUUAAAAUCGUCAUAUCCCUGCGAGGAUCAUUUCUUUGCAUGACUUAUUUAUUAUUUGCUCGAUUUCAUUACAAAUUGUGACUCUCAUCUGCUGUAUUCCAGAGCAUGUGACAGCCAUCACAAUAUCAGAGGUUUCCAAAACUGUCAUUUACGCAACUUGUUUUGUAAUUAUUGCUGUACUUAAUUUUACGAUCGCUAAGUGAGCCACAUGAUUUUAUUUUCACGAUUUUCACGUUGAUCUCACGUGAAAUACUUAAGGUAGGAAAAGCCCAAGUCGAAACCAAGAAGAAGCUUCUAGUACCACCAUUAUUAUGUUUUAAAUUAAAAGAAUAUUGUUUUUUUAUUUCAUUUAAUUUUUCUUUAUUUUUUUAAUACGACUUCCCGCGGGGUGACCCCUUCGGUACUGAACUGACCCUUGCGGUACUGUUUAAUCACGUACACAUUUGAUUUUUACUAGGACUACUCAGAUGACUCAGAUUCCUCUGAUGAUGACGAAAACGGAAAACGAGAAAAGUAUUUCCGAAAGAACAUCGAUGGAACAACAGCCAGAUUUAAGCUGACCAAAGAGGACUGGGCAAGAAUUCCAAUUAACACAUUCCCUAGCGGUGGCCGUUUGUUGAGUGGCGACUGGACACGAAUCUUCCUCAGCAAAGUCAAAGAAAGUAACCCAUGGUGCAGUUUGCGCUUCAAGAAUAAUCACGUGCGGUCAGAAAACUCUCGGAAAAUCCACUCAGCGGUGUUCUUCAGGGGAGGCGCGGAGUGCAAGCGACCAGAAUGCAACGUGAAGGUGCGAUUUGUGAUCCGAAAAGAAAGAGGAAAACACGUGGAGGUGACCUACCUGGGAAAUAUUUGCCAUAGCAGUCAGCCGGGUGGGGGUGAAAUCUCGAGCGAAGCAAAGAAAAUGAAACGUGCUCGCCGGACAUAUUCUACUUAAACUGAGUUUCGUAGGAUUUGCUGGAAUAACGCGUUUACAUUAUAAUUCAUUUUUAAUAUCAGUUUAAACUAAAAAGUUGAUGAAUUGAAAACUUAAAUGUCUUUAUUGCGAGUCGUUGACAUUGAAGUGUUUUGUUUUUCGAUUCUUUUUCUUUUGUUUAAGGUAUUAUAUUGUGGAUGGCAUAUUUUUGUAAACGAUUGCUGGACUUUACAAGAAAGUUGAAGUUUGUAACUCUACUUGUGUAAGGAAAGCAAUCCUAUUGCUCAACGUGGUUUGUAUUUAUAUGCUAAUUUGGAUUCUGGAGAGUUGUCUCUUGAGAGUGUCUAUUUGAAACAAGUAUAUUUACAUAUACGCCUUUGAACAAUAUGCAAAAACAAUAUUUUUUCUUCAAAAAGAGCAGUUUUUGCUACGUUUAUGUAAGGAAAUUUGGAAAUAAUUAUAUUAUCCUCUAUUUUCGAUAACAUCGCUUUUUCACAAUGUAAAUUUAUCAAUCUUCUUUCAUUUAAAAGAGAUGAUG